UAUGGGGUGUGACUUAGGCUAAAAGUCUUUCCUGGUGUCUAAUUCAGAUUAGAACAUGGAUGGAAUUUCCAUCCUGAGAGAUAAUUAUUCUUCCGUAAAAUGUAUAUGAUUUUUAUGAAUAUUAAGAUUAAAUAUCAUUAACUUGUUUUUAAAAGGAAAGGCAUGACAAACACACAGACGUGGCGGAGCCGCAUAUUGAUUUCAGUGUCCACGCUAAUGAAGGAUCGCAGCACGUUGACAGGAACUACAGUCAACUAAUUUGCUAUACGGAACGGGGGUGCAACAGACGUGGUCUUGCUCCAUCCUGAAGCCUUUAUGAACCAUUUGUUCGUCCCUGCCUGGUGUCGAACACGCCACCUCUGACUGCCAAGAGCAACUACUACCAGCUACGCCAAAGAAAAGCUAGCUAUUCGUUGAUACGGGUGGCCUGUUACAUACCUGAGGUCUCAAAAUGCUAACUACUUCCACCUCACGCAACAUAGUAUAUGUGUUAUUAUUUAUUGGAGGGUUUAUAACUUUGUUUUCCAUGUACUACAAGACUUCUCCAACUUUACCAUGCCAUCGCCUGCCAACUUACCCAUUGGCUAAUAAACCAUUUAAGAAGCCGAUCAUGCUGCUUUGGUUCUGGCCUGAAAAUUAUAGAUUUGAUUUUGAGGACUGCAGGAAAUUCUUCAACAUUGACGGUUGUCACCUUACAGACGAUAGGACCCUGUACAGUGAAGCUGAUGCAAUUCUCAUCUAUCAUCGAUCCAUAAAACACAAUGGAACAAAUCUACCCCCCUCACCAAGGCCCUGUUUUCAAAAGUGGAUUUGGUUUCAUAUGGAAUCACCAACAAACACACAGAAAGUUUUAGGUAUUGAGAACCUUUUCAAUGAGACUUUAAACUACCAUCGGGAUGCAGACAUUCCUGUUCGUUGGCGGUUGACUAAGAAGACCAAAGACAAUGACUUUGUGCUCCCCAGAAAAGAGAGAAUGGUCUGCUGGAUUGUGAGCAACAAUGACUCUCGCACUGGGACAGAUGUGAGGGAUAACUACUACAGGGAACUUGUCAAACAUAUUAAGGUGGAUGUCUUUGGCAAAGUGUUUGGUACUUUCUUAAAAAAUGAAGAUUAUUUCUCAACCAUAGCAAGCUGCAAAUUCUACCUUUCCUUUGAGAACUCCAUCCACAAAGACUACAUCACAGAGAAGCUGAAUGGACCACUAGCAGCAGGAACAGUACCUGUUGUAUUGGGUCCCCCCAGACAGAACUAUGAGAACUUUAUACCAGGGGAUUCCUUCAUCCAUGUAAAUGACUUUCCUGAUGCAAAAGCUUUGGCUGACUUCCUCCUGCAGUUGGAUAGGAAUGAUGAGGCCUAUUUGCGCUAUUUCAGUUGGCGUCAGUAUUUCUCUGCUAGGCCUCACCUGAUUGAACAGAACCAAGAAUUCAUCCAGGCUAUCUGCUAUGGCUGUGCACACGUGGCAGAACACAGGGAGUAUAGGGUUGUUCACAAUCUUUACAAGUGGUAUUUUGGUUAAAUUGUCACUUGCAUCCCUAGUAUGGGUCAGAUGACAGACUCACUAUCUGUCAGUUUAUGACAGACUAUAUAACUUCAGAAGACUUUUGUCAUUAAAACAUUGGGAGAAACCAGGGUUCUGAAUUUUAUGAUAAUGUGAAAUGACAACGUACAAUACACAGGAGCUGAGACAGUAUACUUUCAAGUACAUUUUGGCCGAGAAAUUACUAUUACAGUUUCAUGGUUGAAUUUUCUACCAUUUGUGUUUUUGAUUUAAUGAAAGAAUAUUUAAUAUAACAAAAUCUGUUAAUUUGUUUUUAAUAUUUUACUGGCGACCUACAACCUGUAAGAAACCAGAUGUAUAACAUAUUUAUUGUGGGAGUCAGGUGGGUGAGCAGUUAGGGAAUCGGGCUAGUAAUCUGAGGGUUGCCAGUUCGAUUCCUGGCCAUGCCAAUGACGUUGUGUCCUUGGGCAAGGCACUUCACCCUACUUGCCUCGGGGGGAAUAUCCCUGUACUUACUGUGAGUCGCUCUGGAUAAGAGCGUCUGCUAAAUUUACAUUUACAUUUAUUCAUUUAGCAGACGCUUUUAUCCAAAGCGACUUCCAAGAGAGAGCUUUAAAAAGUGCAUAGGUCACUGAUAAUAACAACAAGAUAGCCCCACAGCAUUGCGGGUAGUCAAAAACAAGAAGUACAUAUUGUGAACAACCAAAAAAUAGUGCUAAAGGGAAGAAACCAUAAGAGCAUGUAGUUAAACAAGUUAAAAUUACACAACAUUAAUUAAUAAAUGUAAAUAGUUUUGUAUUUGUAAUUCAACUUAACAUGGACAACUAUAUAUACCUUAGUAAAAAAUAAACCAAACGUUACAUAUUUUCUCUGAACUGCCUGACACACAGUGUAUCAUAUGAAACUACUGAGUGACACUGUGACUUGAACCCUUAGCAUCAGACCACUGCAUCAGACAUAGCCCUACCUUGUGGUAAUAGGCUCUAAUUUCAAAGACUUUGAACUUUCAUUAAAAUCCACCUCAAACUGUAAACUGCAAAAUUUGGUCUUUUCUGCCUCCUUCAUAAUGCUAUGCUUUUUCAAAAAUAGCUGAUGUGUUGUACUUUUUGGUUGUUGUAUUUUGUUUUUGGAUGAGGUGAUCUAAAACCAGAUUGACCACAAUAAAAGGUGUGUGAAGAGAAACUCCUUUCUCUGAAUUGUACACACACCUGUCUGUAUUGUAUUACAGAAUUGUAAUCUAAGAAGAGAAAUUGACAGAAUUCAGUGGGAUAAGCUGGUCUAUCAGUUCACACUGGGAGACAAAGAUUUAAGAUAAUUUAAGACAUGUCUUCUGACAAAAGCAUGCCUCAUAUCUUUCACUUCCUUGUUUGUUGAUCCUUGGUUCUGGAGCACACUAGUGGAUAUGUGGUAGUAGUAAAAAAACGUAAACAAUUAUGCUCUAUACACAUUCUCUUGGUAUGUUAAGAGAUACACCAAUACAAAUACAAAUUAUGUAUUGUCCAGGGGCAUCGUUAGACCCUGGGGCACGUGCCCCAGUAUAAAUCUGCUGUGCCCCAGUAAAAUCUAUAGUUUGAGCUUUGGCAAUUUAUUUUAUUAGUCAGUGCAUUUAUUUAGAUUUAUAAUCCCGAAAAAAUAAACGCAAUAUCCCAAUCAACGCUUGAAAAAUCAAAGCAGUUAAACCGAAAACACAAACCGAUGCCCGCAUAAUUCCAUGUCAACGUGAUCUUCUGAGCUUGCUAAAUAGCCACUGCAGCAUGCACCCAGAAGUCCAGGUGUCGGACUCGGCACACAAGUCAGAACUGAGUUAGGCUAAGAAAACAUUACAAAACUAAAGAUAGUUUCUAAAUGAUAGGACUACCGAUCAUCAUAUUUUGACUAAAACAUUAAAACAAUAUUACAUGAAGUAAAAAAAAAAACAGUAUUUGUGCUGAAAUGAAUGCGUAAAAUGUUUGCGUGCUUGAUGUCCCUGCCAAAGCUGAUAUCAAACUUGCGUCCCUGAACUUUUGUGUUGUGGGUUCUCUAGGGGGUUUCUAUAGCCUAGUAGGGCAUUAUGCGCAGCAAGCUUGAAAGAAAAAAAGGGAUAUGAAUAGGGGCCUGUGCCACAGUAGAGUUGUAUGUCUAACAACGCCUCUGGUCUUGUCACUGAGAAUUGUUUGUUUUGCAUUGUAAUGUAUCCCAUAUCAUAUGAAUCAUCAUUAACACAAGAGAUUUUACUUAAUACUUACAGAAUAAUAAAGCCAGCAACCCCACAAAUCAAUGAGUGCAAAUGUAUUUGUUUAGAAGACUUAUUUUCUAUUUAGAUAUUUAUUUUGAGGAUAAGAUAAUGACAAUACAACUGUUAGUGUCUUUGUGAAGUUACUGUAUGUUACGUGAAAUAAGUCAGAUGCUCACUGUCAUUUAUACAAUGCUCUGCUGUUGUAAAAUAUAAAACAAUAAUAAAAUAGUUAUAUUUA